CUUUGUCCCAUUGCUGGAGAGUGUGUUUCCCAGCUGAUCCGACUCAGGAGCAGGAGAAGGACCAUCUGUGACAGCCACCAUCGCACUUCUUUCUUUUGCUCUUUUUUUUCUUGUUCUUUUGGGAAUAAGGCAUUUGUUUUAUAAAUGUCUUUUUCUUCCAACCAAAAGGGCAGGAGCUCCCAGAGGCUGUCCUGGAGCAACCUGCUGCAGAAGCUGACUGAGCUGAAGGGGCUCAAUCAGAGGCCCUCAGCAGGUCAGUACUGCAGGAGUGAAACCGGAUCUGUGGCAGACCUAUCCCUGUCGGAGUCCGACAGUAGCUUCUUCUGUUACCCCCUCGAGGAGACCUUGGCUGCAGAGGUGGUGGGCACAAUCACACAAAGCCUUAAUAAUGCGUCACCCAUCCUGUGCUGCUCCAAACUCAUCCUACCUGACCGUCUAAUGUACAACAUCAGCAGAGAGCUGCUCCAUCUGGCAGUCAACGAGCCCUGCGGACUGAGGGGGGCCAUGAUCGACCUGUGUGUGGAAAGGGGGGAUCAAGGAUUGUUGUGCACUGUGGAUCAAAUAGCAGUAGAUGCCAGCCUGGUCCCGACCUUCCAUGUGACCCUGGUUCUGAGGCCCGAGUCCGGAGGACUGUGGCCCAGGGUGAAGAAGCUCUUCAAAGGUGGAAAGCCUCCGUCGGCAAUGUCUCUGAGGCGCCACAAAACCCUGAGGCUGAGCAGGAGUUUCAGGGCCAUCAAGAGGAAACUGUACAGCUCAGGAGAACUGCUGAUUGAAGAAUGCCGCUAACCCAAGAGCACUUAUGUGCCUUUCUAGACGAACUGAACUGCUUUUAAUCAACCUUUACUGCAGAUUCACUUAAAAAGACCCAUCAACUUUAAUUGCACUGACAUCAAGGUCCUAAAACAAUUGUAAUAUGUGGUAAAUCGAAGGACCAAACUAUCCCAUGGCAGCUACUCGCCUGGUUGCAGGUGUCUGAACACAAGUCCUUUUUCUUUUAUAUGAAUGUGGAUUUCCACUUUUUAAAGGGAAUGUGUCUUCUAGUAUUACAUAUUACCUGCCUGAAACUGUUUUGUAUCUUAAAAGAUUAUGAGAGAAUAAAUUAUUUUCUAUUA